UGAAAGUGUGAAAGAGAACUUAUUUUUUCUCAAGUUUUAGAUGACAAAAUCCUCGACAUGACAUGUUUCAUAAAGAGUGAGAUUUGUUCGUUUUGUACUUUGAUUGUUUUCUGAGAAGCCUUAUAUUGGACUUGAAAUCGGUGUGGAGAUGGCGGAAGGACCUUCAAAGAUGUCAGCGAUCAGCUCCACUACAGAUAAUCCAGAAAUCCAGAUUUUUCUGAUGGGCAGAAAUGCUUCUGGAAAAAGCUCAUCAGGAAACACAAUACUGGGAGAAAGAAAGUUUAAAGUUCAUGUACAACAGAAAAUUCAUGUAGCUGAAAAUGAGUUUGGCAAAGAUUGUGAGGGUAAAACACAGAUUGGUGGGAAGAAGGUACAUGUGAUUGAUUGUCCAGAUCUACUGGAUCCAGAUCUGAAUAAAGAGAAGCUGGAGAUGAUGAAAGAGCAGCUGGUCUCUCGAUGUUCAGCAGGCCUCAGUGCAGUUCUGCUGGUUGUUCCUUUAGUGAGAGAUGUGCAAAAUGAGGAAGAGAUCUUGGGUUAUAUUAAGUGUUUAUUUGGUCCUGAAGUUCAGAAAUACAUCAUGAUCCUGUUCACACAUGGAGAUGAACUAAAUGAUCUGGGUGAGACCAUUGAUGAACAUCUACAAAGCAAAGAUCAUGCUGAUCUCCAGCAACUGGUGACUGAAUGUGGAGGAAAGUUUCACUGUUUUAAUAACAAGAAUAAAUCAGACGGUCAGAUACAAGAAUUACUGCUGAAGAUUGAAAAAAUGAUGAUGGAGAAUGGAGGGAAAUUUAUCAUGGAACAAAUUAGGAGGAGGAGAAAAAGCAAGGAUACUCCUGAAGUCAUUUUUUCAGGAGAGUCUCCAGUAGAUGAUCCAGAUGAGAUUUUUGAGAGGAAAGAUCAGAUCAGGCUGGUUCUGCUGGGAAAAACUGGAUCUGGAAAAAGUGCCACUGGAAACACCAUCAUCGGCAAAAACAUGUUUGAAUCUUCAGCUAGUUCAAACUCAGUGACAAAACAGUGUCAGUCUAAAACUACAGUGAGGUUUGGUAAACAGAUCACAGUGACUGACACACCUGGGCUUUAUGAUAAUAAGCUGAGUGAAGAAGAGGUUCAAACUGAACUACUGAAAUGCAUAACAUACUCAUCUCCAGGACCUCAUGCUUUUAUUAUUGUGAUUAAAGUGGGUCGAUUCACUGAGGAGGAGAAAAAUACAAUACAGGAGCUUAAAGAAGUGUUCGGAGAACAGAUAGAAAAAUACACCAUGAUUCUAUUCACUCACAAAGAUCAGUUAGAGAAGGAAAAUAAAACCAUUGAAGAGUUUUUACAGGAUGGUGAUCCAAAUCUACAGUCCCUCGUACAGAGUUGUGGAAACAGAUUCUUCUGUCUGAACAACAAUGCUGCCAGUUUCCCUCAGUUCAAAGAUCUGAUCAGUAAAAUAGAGGAGAUGGUAGAAGAAAAUGAAGGAUACUUCAGAAAUGACAUAUUUGAGGGAACAGAGAAAUGCAUUCAGGAGAUUCAGAAGCAGAAACUACAUGAGAAAAUGCAGCAUUUAGGUUUAGCAGAAGAGUCUCGAUAUGAAGAAGAGCAUUUGAUCAAAACUCAUGAGUACAUAAGAGUUAUAGUCACCUGGUUAAACGAAAUAGGGGAUGAUGUGAAUGCCAUAAAGGAACUUGAAAGAAAGGGAAUCAGUAAUACAGAGGCAAUUAUAUGUGCAUUUAGAUCCACAGGGAAACUAGCAAAACAGGACAUGUGUGGAGUUCAGUGAGAGAUUCAAUAAUGAUCAGACACACAAGACAAAUUUAAGCACAUUUUCUCUAUAGGCUUUAAAAAAUAUUUAAUACUAACACUUUGUCACAGCCCUGUGUUUUGUUGGUUUUUCCCUCCUGUGUCCUUAUUUGGUCUUUCUUGUUCCGUUUCUUGUUAAGUGUUCAUUGGUUAAUUUCCCACACCUGUCUUUGUAUUGGUUCACACCCUUAUAUAAGUUUGGUUCAGUUCCUUGCUCCUGGUCCGUUGAGUGGGAACUGACUUACAGCAUGAGAACAAUUUUCUAGAAUUUUCAACACAGUUUUAUGUCACUUCCUAUAUAUGCAUCACAAAUGUGGUACAUUUAAAAUUACUAUGCAAGUACUAAAUGAAUUCAGCUGCUGAAAUGUUAAAUGGAUAGUACAUAAGAACUAUACUGAAACAGUGUUCCUUACAAUGAAUACUGAGAAUGUUUGACAUUAAAAAAACAAACAAACAAACAAACAAAAAUAACUUACACAGCAAAAGAUGCAGUGACCUGUGGCUGAAUGGACUUUGGUUUUAUUUAGCUGUGAUUGACACAAAAGGGAAUAGAAAAUAAUAACAGCACUGAGUAGGAGUCAAAUAUUGCAUAUUUCUGUUCAGAUGAAAGUGUAAUCAUUCUUCAUGAGUGAUUAAUUAGUGUGUCAGGGGUUCUUCUCAAAGUCUUCUUCUCUGGCCCUCAAAGUCCACUGCCAUACAGAGGGUGCAUCUCAAUCACCUUAAUAGUUUGCUAGGUUGUGAACUGAUAAAUUGUGUUUACAAAUUCAGACAUUGAUAAGGACAGAGGCUCACUACACACUGGUGACUAUUUCCAUCCUCACUGUACAGCAUCACUACUGAAAUUUACACACAGUAUUAAAAUGAAUAUCUCUUUUAAUGCUAUUUACAGUACAUUAUGAUAAAUACUUUGUUACAUGAAUGUGCAAGAUUUCAGCCAUAAAUAAAUUGUAAAUGUUUGCUAGAUUAGACAUUACCUGUCUAGAGAUGUAUGUUUAUGCUGAAAUAUGAUAUUGGUUUGUGUUUUAAAAUCGGUCACAUGUCAUUUUGUAGUGAAUUAUCUCUUAAGUUUUGAGCUUCAGAACUUCCUAUAAGGGAACGUAGUGAGCAUCGACACUUUUGUGAUUAAGGCAUCCCUUAAAGGAGAAGUCCACUUCCAAAACAAAGACUCACAGAUAAUGUACUCAUCCCUUGUCAUCCAAGAUGUUCAUGUCGUUCUUUCUUCAGUCGUUAUGUUUUUUGAGGAAAACAUUUCUGCAUUUUUCGCCAUAUAAUGGACUGAUAUGGUGCCCCGAUUUUUAAAUUCCAUAAUGCAGUUUAAAUGUGGCUUCAAACGAUCCCAAAUGCGGUUGUAAAUGAUUCCAGCCGAGGAAAAAGUGUCUUAUCUAGUGAAACAAUUGGUUAUUUUCAUUAAAAGAAUACAAUUUAAAAUACUUUUUAAUCUCAAACACUCGUCUUGUCUUUCUCUCCCUGAACUCUGUGUAUUCUGACUCAAGACAGCUAAGGUAUGUUGAAAAACUCCAAUCGUAUUUUCUCCCUCAACUUGAAAAAUAAUUUCGAAAUCAUCCUACAUCGCUGCAGAAGUACUGACCCAGUCUUUGCAAAGUGAACAUGCAAAGAAGAUCAAACACCCUUAACAAAAAGGUAAAACAGUGAUAUAAGACAAUUUUGAAGUUGAGGGAGAACAUGAGAUGGGAGUUUUUCCACAUACACUAACUUUCAUGAAACGGAACAAAAACAGAGGUCGGGAUGAGCAAGAUAAGAUGAGCAUUUGACAUUAAAAA